AAACAAUAAGAAAACAAGCCAUUCUCUCUGCAUAUAAAUAAAUGUGAGAUGCUAAUUAGAAUCGUUAGUUGAAAAAGACAGACGACUCGACAAACAUGAAGACUUUCCUACUGUUCGUAAGCGUGGCCCUUUUCGCAGUGGCCUGCGUGUCUGCUAGCCACAGUCACGAAUCCGACGAAAGUCACGAGCACCACCACAAACACCAUCAUGGUCUGGGAGCUCCCGAAGUACACGAUGAAUGCCAGAAAGACCCUGCCACCCACAUUGACGAGGAAGACUUGAAAAAAAUCAGGAAAGGAGAAGCGUACGACAAGAACAAGGUUGGCGCACACAGCAAAUGCAUGCUAGAAAAGAGCCACAUCCUGAAAUCCAAUGGCGAAGUAGACAAAGCUCAGCUGAGCAAGAUUGUUAAAGAGCGCGGACACACAGACGAAGUUGUCCACAAAAUCGAGGAAUGCGUCCAGCACAAGGACACACCCGAAGAAACAUCUCUGCACGUCAUGAAGUGUUAUUAUGACAAUGCUCAUGCCCAUCAUCAUUAAGUUUAAUGUUUAAUGAUAUAUGACUGAUAUUUCUUAAAUAUACAUUUAAUUUUUAAAACAAA